AUGGCCUCUUCCAAUGUCUUCUUCAUCCUUGCCAUUCUUGCAAUUGCUGCCCCUUCAACUUUGGCCACAGAUUUCAUUGUUGGCGAAGACAAAGGUUGGACCAUUAAUGUUGAUUACCAAGCCUGGGCUCAGGGAAAGCUUUUCUAUGUUGGUGACAACCUCGUAUUUAACUACCCAGAAGGAGUUCACAAUGUUCUCAAAGUGAAUGGAACUGGGUUCCAAGAAUGUGCAGCUCCUGCAGGCACUGUGGCACUAACAAGUGGAAAGGAUGUGAUCAACCUAGCAACCCCAGGAAGAAAAUGGUACAUUUGUGGUGUUUCUAAGCAUUGUGAAGUUGGACCCCAGAAACUGUUCAUCACUGUGAUGCCAGCUUCCUUUGCUCCUAGCCCAAGCCCAACUGCCUCUGCAGCAACUACAAGUUCUGUUAAUGGAGCAAUACUUGGGUGGAUGAUCAUUGUUAUUGGCAUUCUUGGGAUCUUCAUCUAG